AUGUUGAUGGACCUGAUAAAAGAAACUAACAAAUCAUUAAAGGAAGAUUUACAAAAAUCAUUAAGGGAAAAUUUACAAGCAUCGGAAGAAAGGUCAGAGAAAAAUUCACAAGAAACAAGGGAAUCGUUAGAGAAGCGGUUACAAGAAACUAACGCAUCGUUAGAGAGAAAUUCACAAGAAACGAGAGAGAGGGAAGAAAGGUUACACAAAUCAGUAGAGAAAAAUAGCGCAGCGUUAGAGAAGAGUUCACAAGAAACCAAAGAAAGACUGGAGUCAUUUAAGGAAGAUUUACAAGAGAUCAAAACGUCGCAAAUGAAAAUAGAAUAUAAUCUGAAGAAGGAAAUACAGGAGCUGCAAGAACAGUGGAAAAUGGAUAUCAACGAGAGAGAGAAUAAGCUGCAGAAGAGCAUAGACCAAGUCCAGGGAGACGUGGAGAAGGUGGAAGGAAAAUUAACACAAAAGAUAGAAGACGACAUUGAAGAAACGAAGGCCGAGCUGGGAGAAAGAAUCAACGAAGUGGAAACAAGUUGCAAUUAUCGAAUCGCCGAAGUGACGCAGAGGCAGCAACAAUGCCACGAGGCGGUUAGGGGGAUAGAAGAUAAGCAAAACCGACUAAAUGUAAAUCUGGAAAAUGCUAUAACCAUACAACGAGAAGGAGAAAAGAGGGUUGAAAUGGAGGUCAAGCAGUUACAACAGGGAGUGCAGCAAUUAGAAAGCAAGACAGAGGAAAUUGAUAGACGAAUUAGCAAUGCCACCUUAGCCGUUGGGGAAAGUAAGGUCAUUACAUUGAUGAGCAAUGAUAAUCGGUGCAUCCAAAGUAAUACAGGGCAGAAGUUUAAGCCAAAAGGAGGGUUGCACCCAAGGAUAUUUAUGAAAUGGCUAAAAGGAGUUCUUCCAGUACAUCUUAAGGACUCAGACAAGAUUCAAUUUGCAAUAGAUAGAAUGGAAGGUGAGGCCUUCACGUGGGGAGUCAGGAAGAAGGAAGGGACUACAAGUUAUGACCAAUUUGAGGAGGAAUUCUUAAAGAAAUACUGGUCUAAAAGCCAUCAAUGUGCAGCAAUUGAGGACCUACUCCAUCGCAAAUCACUUAGUACAUGGAGGGGAACAUUGAGAGAGUUUGCUGAACAUUUGUGGGAAUUGAACGAGACCCUGGAACAACCUCUGAGUGAUGACGUAAUGAUAUAG